GCGCAGCGCUGCAUAAACAAACAGAAAAAGCAGAAGUCAGUGGUAGUGAAUUAGCAGUUGGGGGCUGUAGAAAAUCCAUACAGGAAGCAAAACAAAAGAGAAAUCUCAGGCCACGGGGGCUGACGGUGCUGAGAGGGCGGUUUUGAAACAGAUGGGGCUCAGAAAGAAACGUGUGUGCUAGCUGGGAGCUGGGACAGCCCAGAGCAGGCAUCCACCGCUCGUCCCCGCUCACAAAAAAAAAAAAAGAGAGAGCCAGAAGGUGCAAUUAUGCAUAAAGCAACGACGGGAGGAAUUAAAAAGCAGCUUUUAAGCGCGGCCACCUUGCUGGAGCCACGGCAAUGAAUGGGCACGCUCUGCCAGCCGGCACGCCAGCGCAUCCCCGGGGCUGGCAUGAGUUCUGCGAGCUGCACGCCAUCAGCACCGCCAAGGAGCUGGCGCGGCACUACCUGCGCUUCGCCACCGAGCACCCGCACCAUGACCUCCUGGCCGCAGAGAACUUCUCGAUGCAGUUCACUGACCUCUUCCAGCAGUACUUCUGCCAUGAGGUGAAGGAGGGCUUUGCCAUGAGCCAGCUCCGCAUCCUGCCCGCCGGCCCGGCGCGGGAUUACCGGGAGACGCACCGGCAGCACAUGGAUGCCUCCUUGGGCACGGUGUCCACCAAAGCUGAGAUGGAGCCGGGUACCCGCCCUGAGCAGCCUAGCCGAGCCCCUGAGGCCACCCCAACAGGGCUGCGCAAGUCCUGGAGCUCAGAGGAACUGGUGGGGCCGGCACGGCGACCGUUCUCACUCAGCCAACUGCGCAGGAGCUGGCGCAGCCUCUUCCGACGCCGAUCCUCGGAUGCUCUCCCCGGGGAUGGGGAUGGGGACGGGGAGGUGGCACCAGAGGCAGCUCUUAAGCCAGGACUGGGCAAGCGCAUCCUGCCGUGGGGGCUAUCGCGGGAGCAGCCCCCUGAGAUGCGCAAGGAGGGGAUGCUCAAGUAUGGGCUGUUGGAUGAGACCUCCUUGGACAGCGGGACACGCUGGCAGCGCUGCCGCCUGGUGCUGCGGCGAGCGGGGACACCUGACAGCGAGGAAUACGUGCUGGAGCUCUUCGACCCUCCCAAGGGCUCAAAGCCGAAGCUGCUCACUGCCUGCUCUGCCAUCCAGGAGGUGCGCAGGUGCACACGCCUGGAGAUGCCCGACAACCUCCACACUUUUGUCCUCAAGGUCACCAACGCCACCGACAUCGUGUUUGAGGCAGGGGACGAGCAGCAGCUCAACUCCUGGACGGCUGAGAUCCGAGACUGUGCACACAGAGGUUCCGAUGUGGGUGACUCUGAGCUCCUGGCAUGUCGGCAUCCUGACCCUGCAGCCACCAGCCCCAGCACCAGCACCGACACCCUCAGCCAAGGGGCGACGCUGGGGGGCCCGGGGGAGGCGGCAGGGCCGAAGAUGGAGCAGUUCCUCUCCUCCUGCCCCUGGUUCCACGGACCCAUCUCCCGAGUGAAGGCGGCUCAGCUGGUGCAGCUGGGGGGGCUGGAGGGCCACGGAGUCUUCCUGGUGCGGCAGAGCGAGACGCGGCGCGGCGAGUACGUGCUCACCUUCAACUUCCAGGGCAGAGCAAAGCACCUGCGGCUGGCGCUGACGGAGCGGGGCCAGUGUCGCGUCCAACAUCUCCGCUUCUCCUCCAUCGUGGAGAUGCUGCACCACUUCCACCGCUACCCCAUCCCGCUGGAAUGCGGGACAGCCUGUGACGUCCGUCUGUCCAGCUACGUCGUUGUCCUGCCCCAGCCCCAAGCUCCUGGCUCCAGCACCACGGUCCCUCUCCCCCUGCCCAUGCCCAGCUGGAGCCCUGAAUUCAGCCUCACCCCUACCAGCUCCUCCUGCCCCCACGGUCACGACGAGACCCCUCCAUGUCCCCCAUCAGAGCAGAUCUUCCACCUGGUGCCACCACCCGCCGAGCUGGCGCAAAGCCUGCGCCCGAGCAGGGCGGCCGCGGCUGCCAGCACCCGGCACCGCGAUUCGGACUACGAGGUGGAGGCACCGGGACGGGGCCACGUCCGAGCCAUCGACAACCAGUACACGCCGCUCUGACGGGCACCGGGAUGCACUUUCAGGUGGAGAAAUCCUAGAGACCUUCCGGAUAUCCCAUCGAGAGAACGAAUGUACCUAGUCUCUUCUUUCUGGUUAGGGAUGAUUAUUCUAUUUUCGCAAGGAAGGGGGUAAUUUCUCACUCCAGUACGAGUGUGCUCCCUCCCUUCGGCCUGUUAAAGGGCCUUUUAGCUGUAUUUUCAGUUGUUGUUAUCGAAGCUUUCUGGUUACUGUUUACACACACCGCUCGUGCCUGCAUCCGUGCCGAGCAUCGCGCCGCCGGGCUCGGUCUCCUGCCUGUCCCUGACAUGACAGCGCCCAGAAAAGGAACCCGGUGGGGCGGGGGGCGGGGGGGGUGUGUGUGUCUUUGUGUCACAACCUUAAAAUUGGAGAGAGGAAAAACUCAGAAAACAACACAACAGCCCUCACCCCCACCCCCCACCCCCCCAAAAAAGAGGAAACCCCAAGAAUAAUAGUGAAUUAUAAAUUCAUCGACCAGUUGCUGCUGCGGGCCAAGCCCACUCCUCCCAUCCCAGUACGUGCUGCCGCUGCCAAACCCUCCAGCAGCGCCCGGACCUGCCGGCGCUGAGCUCCUGCGUCGGGCGGAGAUGAUGAUCGCGAUCAGAGUUUGGGCUUUACUGUCAGAUAAGGCGAAAACUGGCUUUUCUUGCUCUCCUCUUGUUUUGUUUUGUUUUUAAACUCAGCACAACUGCAGUCCCUCCCUGCGCCAAGCCGGAGAAAUACUCACAGCAUUAGCCUUGCUAAUUAAGAGGUGAACACUAACUGCGCCAUCGUUAAUAAUGUCACUAGCUGAGGACUAACGUGGAGGCUGACGGCAAAGCACUCCUCCCGGUGAUGGAGGUGUGGUGGAAGUGGUUUGUCCCAGUGGUGGAGGCUUUUCAUCCCAUGAUGGAAGUGUUUUGGAGGCCUUUUCUCCUGGUGGUGGAGGAUUUUUAGUCCAUGGUGGAGGCUGCCUCCAUCAUGGGACAAAAUUUUGUCCUCGUGACAAAGGCUUUUGAUCAUGGUGAUGGAGAAAUCUUUAUGCCACAGUGGAAGCAUUUUAAUCCCAGUGAUGAAGGCUUUUUAUUGUGCUGAUGGAACUGUUCCAACCCCCACUGCUAUGGGCAGGGACAUGACCCAACCUGGUCUAGCAGGAGGUGUCCCUGCCCAUGUCAGGGGGAAAUUGGAACUAGAUGAUCUUCAAGGUCUCUUCUAGCUCAGGCCAUUCUAUGAUUCUGCCCCAGUGAUGUGUUUUAGGCACAAAUCUAGCCAUUUCCCCUCCCAAACCCAUUCUUUUUGCUUCUCCAGCCCACUCCCCAUUUCCCCACUCAAAACACCCUACAGCAAAAUUCGGCAGCCUUUAAAGCUAUGCAACAGCCUCUUGCAGGUGAGGAGGGGAGGGUGUCCCUUUGGAAUGUGUCUCCUCUGCUGGAGGAAAAGCCUCUCCCAGCCCUGCAGAGGGACUGCACCCUGCGCCGUGCCUUAGGUGGAGGAGGCUGGUGGAUCAGCAUCUCCACAGCUGUAGCUACACACCCAACGGGCACUUGAACCUCUUCUCCUGCUCACCCCAGGAACACUGCUUGCUUGCACAGCGAGUUGCGCGCCAAGCAAGACGUAGGCGCUGCCAUAAUUCCCACGGGAACAACUGUGCAUCCCAGCAAAUCCCUGGGGCUCCAUGGCCCUCAUCCUCAGCAAAGACACCCGCACAGGCUCUGGAGCCGGGAGCACAGAUGUGGCCCAACCUCUGCUGCCAUUUCCAGGCUCAGUGGCAUUGAGCCCUGCUGCCUCUUUACCUGGGGCAGCUGGCACGGCUGUGCCAGAGGAACCGCUUCUUAGAGCUGCUGUUAUUUUAGGAAUGAGGAAGGGGCUGGAGCUGUUGCAACACGAGGGAGAGGAUGUUCACAGCCUUCAACUUCCAGAUUUCUCAGCACAGCCCGUGCUGCACUCCUCAGGAUUAUUGGCUGCAAAACUCCCCUUGAAAUUGCUUUACAAGAAAGCUUUUUACCUCUAUUCUUUUCUCCCCUGGAAUUGCUGUAUUGGUGGGAGCCCUCAGGAGCACAAACGUGGAGGAAUUCAUCUGAAAGCAAGCAAACAAAAAAAGCCUGGUUGGGGUUGAGUGAGGGAGCCUGGUGAAAAUCCAGCCUCCAGGCAGGGCUUUGCUGUUAAGCCAGCGCGUGUGAGCUUAGCUGGCAGCAAAGCCUGAGGAGCUAAGCUCAGCUCAAGGUCAGGAAUUGAAGGGCAAGAUCACGGUGCUGUUGUGCUGGGCUGGGCCAGGAAGGGCAGAUGUAGCUCAGGCGGGAGCCAAGAUCAGGCAGGGCCAAAAUAACCAGAGCCAAAUGCAGGCCAGGGAGCAGCUGUGAGAGCAAAUCUGGUUUUAUUAGUAGUCAGAGGAUGAGGGCUGGGAGAAACUGGAUACUAUCGACUUGAGAAACCACUUUGGAUUUGCAUCUUGUGCCUCAUCUCUUGCCCCAGCCUCUCCUGGGCUGUCUUUGUACAUUCAGAGCAGGCAAAGUCUGUUUUUCCCCCCUCCCCUUUCCCUUGCUUGAAAUGACUUUAAAAUGGGGGGCACGGGAAGCAAUCCUGUAUUUCAGCAGGGAGCAGUGUUUCCCAGCACUGGGCACACACCACACACUCACUCUUGAAACUGGAGCAUUAAGAGCAAAUUGCAGUGGCUGGUCACACCUCCAGCACUGCUGGAGGAACAAAGCCAGCCCUGUCCUCAGCUGGAGCUCCUGGGCUGUAUCCACAUCCCCUUUCCCUCCCUGGAGCAGCACAAAGGCUGCAGCGAGCGGCAGGAGCCUACAGCCAGAGCUGGCUUGUGCCAGACAAGUCAGCUCCCUCCCCUGCUAAUAAAUCACUCCCCACAGUCUUGCAUUUAUAGGGCUGAAGAGGGGAAAGGGGUGAAGCACAGCACGAGUUGUCAGCUCCUCUGCCUGCUGGGUGCGUGGUUCCCAGAGCUCGCACACCUCAGGAAACACUUUUCACAUCCUAAAUCCUGUUAGCAAAGAGCCGAUUUUAGUCCUGCUGAGCUCCAAGCAGCCCCCCAAAAAGAUGAGGUGGCCUCGCCUGAAUCACCCUCACGCUCAGAGCAUCUGCAAGAAAGAAGGGGCUGGGAAAAGGGAUUGCUGUUCCCAGCUGGCUCAGCUCCUGCCAGAGAGCUCAGAUGCUGCUGGGAUGGGUUGUUUUGGCAUGUUGGGGCUUAUUGUUGGAGCGCCAACAACUCCACAUACAGAGGCAUGUGGUAUUCUUCACCUGCAGUUAAUUGCGAGGGGUUCCUCCAUAGUUCAGAUGGAAAUUGCUCUGCUUGAUUAGGGAAAUAGACCUCGGGGUCAUUAUCUCCUCGUCAGCCGCUCCCCCGGUGCAAACAAUCUCCUGUUCUCCCCACCAGCAGGCAGGGAAAGUCACUCUGAUUAUUUAAUCGAAUUAUUUCCAUCUCAAAUCUCCCCAACAAGGUAGCCAAGGGCUUCCCAGCCACCCAGCUCCACCCUCUCUCCACCUCAGUCCUUCGCGAUGCUGCAGCUUGGACCCGCUGUGGUCCCAGCCUCAGCUGCACCAGGACCUGAGGGGUUUUGAAGCCAUUUCUCCAGCUCCUGAAGGACUGAGGAAUUUCUCCUAGAAACCAUCUGGCUUGUGGCACAGGUCAGAGCCUGACUCACAGCCCUGCCUUUGCUCCUGCCAGCACACAGCAAUUCAGUCCCGAGGUACCACAGCAGCAGGCAAGGAAAGCAUGAAACCAUUCCAUGGAGUAUGAGCAACUUGAAGGAAUUUUUAGAGUCUUCUAGCAACUUGGGAGAAAAGCCUAGGACUUAGCAGGGCUUCUAGUGAGAUGGGAUUUCUGAAGUAUCAGCAUUGAGUUUUGGGAGGAAGAAAGCCAAGGGCAGAACCUCGACAUGACUGCAUGCUUCAGAGGAAGAAGAGGGUUUCCUAGAGCUGAAAUAAAGUCAGGUGUGACCAUGGGCUUGUGCCAUGGCCGUGGAGAUCCAACACAACAAAGCCAUAACCCAACCAGCAGUGACUCUUGGUGCCUUUGCCCAAUGACUGCUCGUGCAGCCCCCCAGCCCUGAGGAGAGGGGAGCCCCAUUUCAGUGACUCAGGACAGAUGAAAACCAGCCAGUGCCUUUGCUCUCCAUGACAGCAGGGACCUGGCUUAGUGCUUAACCCAAGACUUAGGUCCAACCAGAACUUCUCCCCCUCUCCACCUUACACUUCCCUGGCUGCUUGCUGACAGACCCUCCUUCCAGUGCCUUCUGCACGUCCCUGUGGGUGACAGGUUCUGGAGAAGUUUAGGACACGCUGCCUUAUUUAAUCUCUUUAUCCCUCCCCCACCCCAGCUCUGAGGAGCAGCACCAGCAAUCCACAGCAGGUUUCCAAACACGGAGACCACCACUGCCUCAACCAUGGUUUUAGGCACCAAAACUAUUUUGGGGCAAAGCUUUUAGGAAGAGGUCCAGGCGCGAGGGGGAAGCUUCUCCUUUCUCACAAGCCUCCAGCCCACAGAAGACUGCUGUCAUCCAACCACUGCAGUUUUACUCUAACAAGCAAAUAAAGCCUUGAAAUCUUGACUAACAGGUUUGAGCAUUCCAAAUUUUAAGCUUGUUUGAUGCCAGCAGACCCAACCUUCACCAGCAUCUACCGGAGGUGGGGAGGCAACUGUGCAUUCUCUAACUCAGCCUUUAGCAGGAUGAUUGAAGCCAACAGUUUGUUGGAUGAAAAGUGUUACUGAUCUGAACAUUCUACUUUUCACCUGCACAGAAGAAUUCUUCUUGUAUAGUAGGGUGGUUUUUUUCUAUGUAUUGUUUCUGUAUGUACUGUACAAGUAACUUAUUCUUGAAUAAUGCAAUUUUACCAUAAUAUAAAAAAAAAACAGUAAUAAAAAUUCUCUCUUAAUAAA